UCACAUAUUUUUCUCCAUUGAAGCAAUUGAGGGAUAUUGCAAGAUCAAUGGCUGAGGUUGUGGAGAAGAAAGGAGACCAACUCCCUUUGAGAGAGGUACCUGGGGUUACUGGAAUUUCAUACUUUGGAGCAUUCAUAGAUAGGCUCCAUUACUUCUGGUUCGAUGGGCCGGACAAGUACUUCGCCGACCGGAUGAGCAAGUACAACAGCACGGUCUUCCGGACCAACAUGCCGCCCACGCCGCCGGGCUUCGCCGGCGACCCAAGGGUUGUCAUCCUCCUGGACUCAAAGAGCUUCAGGACUCUCUUUGACAACUCGCUUGUUGAUACCAGCAAUGUUCUUGGUGGUCAUUACAUGAUGAGCACUGAGUUCACAGGCGGGUUCAGGGUCCUUUCCUACUUGGACACAGCUGAGGACCAGCACACUAGGCUCAAGUCCUAUGUCCAGCGCCUUUUCAUGCUCAAUGCUCACAGAUGGCUGCCGGAGAUCCGGCGUGCUGUGGAGGAAACCUGGGAUAAACUCCAAAGUCAGUUGCCGGAAGCAAAGGCGAACGGCGCGUUCGGCAGCUGCAUCUUCAAUUUUCUAUCACGUACUUUGUUCCGAAGAGACCCGCUCGAGCCCGGUCCGGCCAGUGUAGGUGAAGAAGGUGCAAGCCUCUGCUUAAAGUGGCUGGCUCCACAGCUUGCUCCUGGUGUCAACAUUGGGUUGCCUCAGCCAUUGGAGGAAAUUGUGUUCCACACUUUUCCUUGGCCUUACUGUACUGUGAAGAGGGUCUACCAAAAACUCUAUGCUUUCUUCAAGACUUACGGCGGCCAGGCACUGGAGAUCGCCGAGAAUGAAUUCGGAAUCACAAAAGAAGAAGCAAUCCACAAUUUGAUCUUCAUGUUUGGCCUUAACGCAGUAGCAGGCUUCAGCCUGUUCUUACCUGCCUUGAUAAAGCAUAUAGCAGACCAAGGAAUCGAGUUGCACAAAAGGUUAGCUGAAGAAGUGAGGAAUGCAAUUAAGGAGAAGGGUGAUCUGAACUUCGAAGCCAUCAACGCAAUGCCACUGCUCAAAUCCGUCGUCUACGAGGCCCUGCGGAUCCAGCCGCCGGUGCCGAGGCAGUACGCAAGAGCAAGGAAAGACUUGAUCGUAGAGUCACAUGAGGCAAGGUUCUUGGUGAAGAAGGGAGAGCUCAUGUGUGGCUACCAACCAUUUGCGAUGAAGGAUCCAAAACUGUUCGACCGGCCGACGGAGUUCUUGCCGGACCGGUUCGUCGGCGAGGAAGGAGAGAAAUUGAUUGGGAGAGUGUGGUGGUCCAAUGGGCCUGAAACAGAGGAACCAACCCCCCACAACAAGCAGUGCCCGGGGAAGGACAUAGUUGUUCUAACUGGGAGGUUGGUGGUAGCAGUUCUCUUCUCCAAGUUUGAUACUCUUACUGUGAAGGCCCCCUCUGAAUCAAAAGUGAUCAUCACCUCAUUGACGCCUAAAUCUUGAAGAUCAUGCUGCCUUUGCUCUUGUCUCUCCUUGAUCAUCUCUGUUUCUUCUGAUUUUGCAGCUUAAAAUUGUGGGAUUUUUUUUUGUUUUUUACUUUCAUCAGUUUCAGUUGUUUCAUGUAUUUAUUUCAAAAAAUCAAUUUGUAAACUUAUUGUACCUAUUGUGUGUAUGAUCAUGAAUUGUGAUAUACGAUCGAUUGUCAUGUUUGUGUUGAAAUUGCACCAAGA